AUGGGAACAGAAGAUGACGACUAUGGAAAGAAGGUUCACGAAUCCAUUAGUAAACUGAUAGAAGGUGAAUCUGCAAGAACGAAUCAUUCCAAGCAAUCUAAUGUCACAAUUUGUAUGGUACCCGAUACACUUCGAAAUUUGAACCCAACUGCAUAUACGCCUCGAAUCACCUCAAUCGGCCCUCUUCACAAAGAGGACCAGCAUCUUAAAGCUAUGGAGGAGCACAAAGUGACUUACAUGUAUCGAUUAUUUUGUCGAACUGUGGAAUCCACAAAGAAGGAUAUAGAGCAAAUAACUUAUAACUGUGUACAAGCAGUUCUUGGGCUUCUAACACGUGCAAGAGCUUGCUAUGCACCAAGUUUUACAAAUUAUGAAAAUUUAAAGUUCGCUGAAAUGAUGGUUAUUGAUGGUUGCUUCAUACUUGAGCUUCUCUACAGCAUCACUGUGAAACGGAUCUUGAAGUCAAUUUCGUUAACUGACCUUGUCUUCUAUUUCUUCAAGGAUAUGAAUAUCAUAAAUAAUAGCGAGCUUACCACAAUUGAGGGACCAGUAGAGCAUUGUCAUAUCCUUGGGCUUCUCCAAAGCUGCUACAGGCCUAGAGCUACCAUGCGAGGCCGAGUCCCAAAUAUCUCAUACUCUGCCACUGAAAUCGCUGGAGCUGGAGUUACAUUCAAGGCACACAAAGAUGAAGAUUCGCUACUUGCAGUGAAAUUUAAACAAUCAUCUCUUGUUCCCGGGUCGGGUUCUCUAGUUGUUCGAGAAACCUGUUUCAGAAUUCCAGUAUUGUGCAUCAAGGACUCAACUCCAUCGUUCUUGAGGAAUCUCAUUGCCUAUGAGCAAUGCUACCCAUUAAGUCGUCAUUAUGUUACCUCUUUGGCCUUUCUCAUGGACAGGCUUAUUGACACUAAAGAUGAUGUUUCGUUGCUUGUGAGGUCAAAAGUCCUUCAACACAACCUGGGAGCCAUUGAAGAUGUCACAAAUCUCUUCAACAAUAUUUGCAAUGGUGUUGUCCUUCGAGAUUUUUAUUACUCUGAGGAAUGGACAAAGCUGCAUGAAUAUUGCAAUCGUUUCUGGCCUAGCAUAUUAAUUUCACUGAGAAGACUUUUUAGAAGUACUACGUGGAAAACGUUGACAGUCAUUGCUGCUGUGAUCCUGUUCGUCCUAACAUUACUCCAAACCAUCUAUACUGUUAAGUGA